AUGGUCUCGAUAGGGCGGUAUAUCCGCAACAUACGGCGGUCGGGCGUCAAGAAAUGGAUGCGGGACAUGAUGUACAUCGGCGACGCCAAAUACGGGCAGUGUGUGGGCCAGGACCAGUUCGGGAACAAGUACUACGAGAACUUGAAUCCCGAGGAUGAGUUGCCAGGUCGACACCGAUGGGUUGACUUUGCCCAGCACGACUUCAAUGCUACCCAAGUCCCUGCCGAAUGGCACUCGUGGCUGCACCACAUCCGCCACCAGCCGCCUCCCCAGGAUACCGUGAUGCAGAACCUCUCACCGCCUUGGAAGGGCCCGUGGGUAGAGAACUUGACUGGUACACGGGGUGCUUACAAGCCGUACAACACUGCUGCUGCCAAGAUCAACCCUUGGGCUCCGAAGGUUGCUCCGCGGAACUCUACAUGA